CUCCUGGAAGGCACAGGAGAGCAGACCGCCGGUCAUCAUGAGUGGGCGAGUCGGGGACCUGAGCCCCAAGCAGGCAGAGGCCCUGGCCAAGUUCCGGGAGAACAUCCAGGACAUACUGCCCAAUGUGCCCAACCCUGAUGAUUACUUUUUCCUGCGCUGGCUCAGAGCUCGAAACUUCGACCUGCAGAAGUCGGAAGCCAUGGUCCGCAAGUAUGUCGAAUUCCGGAAGAACAUGGAUAUUGAUCACAUCCUCGACUGGCAACCCCCGGAGGUGAUCCAGCAGUACAUGCCAGGGGGCCUCUGUGGCUACGACCGGGACGGCUGCCCCAUCUGGUACGACAUCAUUGGCCCCCUCGACCCCAAGGGGCUCCUUUUCUCCGUGACCAAGCAGGACUUUCUCAAGGCCAAGAUGCGGGACUGUGAGCGAAUCCUACGUGAGUGUGACCUUCAGACUGAGAAGCUUGGGAAGAAGAUCGAGACCAUUGUGAUGAUCUUUGACUGUGAAGGGCUGGGCCUGAAGCACUUUUGGAAGCCCUUGGUGGAAACAUACCAGGAGUUUUUCAGUCUUCUGGAAGAAAACUACCCUGAGAGGCUCAAAUUCAUGCUCAUUAUAAAAGCCACCAAACUGUUCCCUGUGGGCUACAAUCUCAUGAAACCCUUCCUGAGUGAAGACACUCGAAGGAAGAUUGUCGUACUGGGAACCAACUGGAAGGAAGGUUUGCUGAAACUCAUCAGCCCCGAGGAGCUGCCUGUGCAAUUUGGGGGAACAUUGACAGACCCUGAUGGGAACCCCAAGUGUGUAACCAAGAUUAACUACGGAGGUGAGAUCCCCAAAUCCAUGUAUGUUCGGGACCAGGUAAAGACCCAGUAUGAGCACUCAGUACAGAUCAGCAGGGGCUCCUCUCAUCAGGUGGAGUACGAGAUCCUCUUCCCUGGAUGUGUUCUCAGGUGGCAGUUCAUGUCAGAUGGAGCAGAUGUAGGCUUUGGGGUAUUCCUGAAGACCAAGAUGGGGGAGCGACAGAGAGCUGGGGAGAUGACGGAGGUACUUGCUAGCCAGAGAUACAAUGCACACAUGGUCCCCGAGGACGGAAGUCUCACCUGCACUGAGCCUGGCGUGUAUGUCCUGAGGUUUGACAACACCUACAGCUUUGUCCACACCAAGAAGGUCAGCUUCACUGUGGAGGUGCUGCUGCCAGACGAGGGAAUGCAGAAGUAUGACAAGGAAUACACACCCAUCUAGCCAUCGGAACAUAAAGGGUUGGGAGGCAGGAGGGUCAGUCAAGGCAAGGGACGUCAGUGGUGAAGAAUGGACGACUGACUCACGGCACCCCCGCCCCCACCAUUUGCUACAUCCUAUUAUUCACUUCUAUAAGUUAACUAAACUCUGGGCAGGGGCCCUCUGUCAGUGAAUCAUACUCUCAAUUACUUCUUUUGGUUAAUUACACAUAAUCACUACUCAUGUAAGGUCACUGGGUAGACCUGUGGGUUUAAUAGACUGGGGUGGGCUGCUCCCUCAGUAAACUAUGCUGUCAGUUUCUCCAUGGACUCUGUUGGUAAUCUCUAAAGGUUAAUGACACCAUUGGGUAGCUCUCCAGGUAAACUAUAAUCUGUCAAUUUUCUCUAUAAACUUUCUUAGCUGGGUCUGUAAGGUAACCGUACCCUUUGGGGUAAUUAAUUAGGUACAUUCAAUCAAUUUCCUCUUUGGGCUCUAUACAUUAUUUCUCUAGAUUAAUGUCAUUUUGUUGUGCAGCUCUAGAGUUAAUUGUACUCAGCAGAGCAGGGAGGAAGAGGUGGGCUCUGUAGGUUAACUUGGCAAGGUCAAUUCCCCUCUGCCAAUUUCCAUUGGUCAAUUCUCCUCUGUCAAUUCCCCUUGGAUAAUUCUUUUCUGUCAAUUCCCCUCUGCCAAUUCCCCUCAGACAGUUUUCUUGGUUAUCUCUAGAGCUUAACAGCAGUGUCAGUUACCUCUAUAGGUUAACUUAGCAAGGUCAAUUUCCCUCUGCUAAUUCCCCUUGGUCAGUUUUCUUCUGUCAGUUCCCCUGGUCAAUUGUCUUUUGUCAAGUCCCUUCUGCCAAUUCCCCUCAGUCAGUUCUCUUGCUCAUCUCUAGAGGUCAGUGAUGGUGUCAGUUGCCUCUGUAGGUUAACAAGUAACUUGGCAGUUUUGUUGGUUAACUACAUUCCAUGGGUUGCCUCUCAGAUUAAUUGUGCGCUGCCUGUUGUAUCAAUCAGUUAAGCCCACACUGUGAGUUAUCUCUAUGACUUAUCUAUAUUAUACUGGCUAUCUCUA